GUUUAAACACUUGCUUGCCGAACACCUACAAAGGACCGGCCCAGAAAAGCUCUUGAAUUUUCAUCCAGUUUUCAGUCUGCCUGCAGCCCGGCAGCUUUCUGCAGAGUAAAUGGAAAAGAGAUAUGAUGGUCAAGACUUCACAGAGGAAGCAUCAUGACUGGGUAGACCAAUCCAAACCAAACCCUGAUUUAAGCAUCUCCAUCCCUUUGAGGAUGUCCAAUUACAUAUUCAAGAGUCCAGUUACGAGAAUCACAUCCCACCCAGGCAAUGAGGUCAGAUACCAUCACUUGGAGGAAACCCUGGACAAGCCCCAACAGGUUUGCUGGCAGAAGAGACUUCAAGGACUCCAGGCCUGCAGCACCACGGGACAACUGUUAAGUCCUUUCGAUCUUACCAAAGCCUUGCAAACACUUGUGCCCAGUUGCACAGGUGAGUCCCUGCCAGGUGUUCUCGCAGGUGGUCCUCACCCUGCUGGGUCCUCACAUUUGGCAGAGAUGAUUCCAAGAUCUGGUCUGGGUAUCCCACAGCUCCCCUGCAAACAAUUUCUGGUAACUGAGAAAGAUAUCAGUAAACAGGAAAGGAAAAUGAAGAUGGCAAGAGACAGACUGGCGAUAGCGUUGACUGCAGACAGACUUGCUCGCAAGGCAGAGAAAGCGAGGGACCAAGAAGGAUGUCCGGAAGAACACUAG